AGUGGCAACUGCAACUGCUACGCCAGAAAACACAAACACGGUCUUCGGAGCUUGAAGGGGCAGAGGCGAAGCUCUCCGGAUAGUCGAAAAUGGGUUACCUCCAGGAAGCUCGUGAGAAUCACGUAAAGAAGAAGGUAGAAGAAGCUUUGAUCAGCAAAAUGAAGCAGAGGGCACUCAAGGAAUGUGACAAUCUCGCUUCCAAGUAUGCACAAUGCGCUGCUGGUCGGACACUGUCGGUUGUGUGGCAGUGCAGAAAACAGGCUAAAGAGUUGAAUGCUUGCCUCCAUCAGUACACAAAUGAUGCUAUGUUGGAAAAGAUGAAGAAAGAGUACAACAGGCAGCAGCAGCAAGAGGGAAAGGAGCCGUUACCACUAUAAAGCUUCUUAGCUACUAGUUGCAUAAUCUGCACCAGCUUCCUGCUGUAAUUAAGUAAUUCUGCUUAAAAUUUGAGAUCUCUAGUUUUGGCUUAUCUUGUGUUUCGCAUUUUACCUUGGUCAUUGAUAUCCAUUGUCACGAACUUAGUUCCAAGGUUUGGGGAAAAGACACAGAAAAACUAUAUGAGCUCCUUUGAGAAUAGAUGGUCUCUUGGUUUCGUUUGGAGACUGAGCGGUCGUUUGCUUGGGUUGGUUUGCAGUUGCAGGGGAUGGGACUGAGGUCUGAGGGUGCCUUUAGUCACUUGACUAGGCCCAUCUUAGCCAUAGAUGCUAGUCUUAAUUUAACGGCCAAAACCUGGUAGCAAAAAUUCUUUGUAUGGUUUAACUAUUUCUAUCAAAGAUCGUACCAGUUUAUCGGUUCUACCUGAAAAGUCAGCUAUUUUAUAUUGAAAUU